AUGGCAUAUCAGUUUAAAAGAGAACCACUUACACCAGAAGAAGCAGAUAAACUUUAUCAAGCUUGUAACAAUAUACAGGAAAAACUUAUUAUUUGGAUUUUACUAGAUACUGGGCUUAGGGUAUCUGAACUUUGUAGCCUUACUCCGCAAAAUAUUCUUUGGCAGCAAAAAUCUAUUCGUAUAAGUGGUAAAGGUGGGCUGUAUGGAAAAAAGACAAAGAAAAGAGUUGUCCCGAUGUCUAAUAGAGUGCAAUCUCUCUUGGAGCAUUAUUUUGCAAUAACUGAUAAAUUUCCAAUCGGUCCCAGGCAAGUUCAAAAGAUAGUCAAAGAAAUUGCUAAUAGGGCCCAAAUAUCAAAAACG